GCCAAGUUAUUGCACACUGUAACACUUACAAUCUCACAGUCAACACUCACCAUGGUCCGCUUUUCAUCGCCAAACGAUAGGAAGUCGAACACCCGAAUACGGUCCACUGUGUCGAAAGCGCUCAAGUCACUGAUCAAUAUAGACAAAUCGCGCGUAAUGGCCCGCAAUAGACUUGUUUCACCCUCUCAGAAGCUUCGGAGUCGGCAUACAUGCACCUGCGAAACUCAUCACCAGUCUCCUAGUUUUAGAUCAGACGAACCCCCUAGCUUCAGUGAAUAUCGCGAAGAUGUCCAAUUUAGCGACGUGGAAGACGCUAUCCAGGGACACCAAGAUCGAGACGAUGAAGACGGUUCCACGGACUCUGACUGGGACGAGCAUGCGACUCUGAUUGCUCUCUUAGACGACGGGGAGGAGGCUCCCGAAUUUGCCGAUGGAGUAGCUAUCGUUGAUCGACUCUCGCCAGCAUUCCUUGCUCAUCGCCGGGAUACAACUGAACGGUUCAGGGAUAUUCUCCUUCCGGUGGUCACUCGAGUAGGAGAGGCUCACAAGUAUCUUUCGCAUAACAACAACCCGACUUUGUUUCGUGGAGUUGCCCUGUUUGACAAGAGCUCGAGAGCCCUCGAAGAUGCUGCAAGACGCGAACACGAUCAAGUUGUCCGGACGUUUGCUAGGGUGAAAGACACGGUCAAAGGGUUAUCACUUCAGCUCCAAGUUGUAUGCGCUGGAAGCGACAAGCUCCUGGAUGAUUAUGAAAAGGCUAUUAACGAAAUUGUCCAACGACUUGGAGGUUACCUGAGAUCGGUACCCGGGGAUGGCGAAAAACUCAUAUGCAGAAUUGACAAGACGCACAAGUCUGUCACAGCCGAAGAUAAUGCGAAAGCCAAAGAGAAACUCCUGCGAGGGAUCCUGGACAGAUACUGAGCGCGGUGUACCUUCUACUGCCCGUCAUGUACCUUACCCGAACUUCCAUCGUGUCAUUUUACUGAUUCUGUUCCCCUACAGCGGGUUCUCGCCAGUGGACUCAUUGCGGAUUCUCGUAUUGUUUGUAUGGCUUACGUUGUUAAUUGUCAAUCCUUUAGGCUGUUGUCCUACCGUUACUGGUGAUAAUUUAUUGAGAUUCAGACUGACAGAA